GGGUCUCAGAUGGAUGAAUGAGUGGAAUCCGGGGGUGUCGAGGACGUAGUGCACGUAGACAGGGAGCGGUUUGGGAUUGGACCCGCACUCGGACAGCAGCACUGCAGCAUGGCCGGAGACACUGACAGCCGACUUCAGGAGCAGGAAGAAAACGGCAAUACCAUCAGGCAGCCGUUUCUUAUCGGAGUGUCUGGAGGUACAGCCAGUGGAAAGUCUUCGGUAUGUGCCAAGAUUAUGGAGAUGCUGGGGCAGAAUAAGAUCGAUCAUCGGCAGCGUCAGGUCGCCAUCCUGAGUCAGGACAGUUUCUACAAAGUGCUCACGCCUGAACAGAAAGCCAAGGCGGUCAAAGGACAGUUCAACUUUGAUCAUCCAGAUGCCUUUGACAACGAGCUGAUCUUAAAGACGCUCCAUGACAUCAUUCAGGGGAAGACGGUUCAAAUCCCGGUGUACGACUUUGUCACACAUUCCAGGAAGGACGAGUUUGUGACGCUGUAUCCGGCCGACGUAGUUCUGUUGGAGGGCAUUCUCAUCUUCUACUCGCAGGAGAUCCGGGACCUUUUCCAGAUGAAGCUGUUCGUGGACACGGAUGCAGACACGCGGCUGUCUCGCAGAGUUCUGCGAGACAUCACCGAGAGAGGACGUGAGCUGGAGCAGGUCCUGUCCCAGUACAUCACUUUUGUAAAGCCAGCUUUCGAAGAAUUCUGUCUUCCAACGAAGAAGUACGCAGACGUCAUCAUCCCACGCGGAGCCGACAACCUCGUUGCGAUAAACCUAAUAGUGCAGCACAUUCAGGACAUCCUCAACGGCGGCUUCAGUAAACGCCAGAACGGCUACAUGAACGGUCACGUAACUCCCCGACAGAGACGCACGUCUGAGUCCAGCAGACCGCACUGACGUCUCCGCGUCUCUCCUGCGCAGGACGGGGUUGGACUCGUGGAGCCACGCCCGACGCCCUUUCAUCGUGUGGAAGAGCGGAGCAGCUUGAGCUGGAAGAUUUUUUUUUUUUUUUGCUUUUACCUUUUUAAUUUUCCCUUAGCUUGAGGUUGGAAGUGCUUUCUGUUCAUCAUCGUCCUCAUAAUAAAGUGAAAAUAAAGUGUUUAUAUCCUGGCUCAGACUAAAAACACCACUCCAGGUGUUGGAACGCUGUGGUGGAUGAGCCAGCCGUAUGUGUGAGUGCAUGAGAGAGAGAGUGUGUGUGUGUGCGAGAGAAAUGCCUUUAGAAACUUGAAGUCAGACUCAGGAAGAGUGACUGUCGGGCUGUAUUUAUCCUAAAUGCCAAAAGUGUUUACAUCCCACCCUUUAUAAGGUGUGUGUGGUUAAGUUUCUGAGACUCUAGCAUAGGUAUUUGCUCCACUGAUGGUUUUAUACUGAAGUAUUUGUAAAGACCUUCUAUAUCCGAGUGUACAAGAUGGGAGCCUUAUACCAGGGUGAAGUGUUUAUAAAACAUUGCUACUCCUAUUAGCGAAGACUUUAAGGCUAUAAACACUCAAAUUAAAUCUCAUGUCAUAUUUGACAACUUUUUAGGUAUUUGACAUGUGCACAGAUUGAAAAUCAGUGUGAUGUCAGGGAGGUCAAAUGUUCUGCAUCUUUAUGCAUCCUCCAGUACUUGAAUUGUAGUUAGACCACUAGACAGGUAGAUUUUUUUUUUUUUUUUUUUACUUUUGAUAUUAGAUGCAAAAUAAUGUGUGCGAAUUUCUGUGAAAACUGUAAUGACAUAGAAAUAAAUAUAUAUAUUAAAGUUUAUCAAGCAAA